AUGGCAUUGACGAAUAUUCAUGGAUCAGUUUUGUGCGAUUUGAGGGCAAUAGGUGUUGGGGUGGUUAUUUGUAACACUUUAGGAGAGUUCAUGCCUUGCAUUUCACAGAAAAUUAUCGGCCUCAUUGAAGCUGAACAAUCUCAAGCACUGUCUGACUGUGUGUCUACUCAAUUUGCCAUGGAGACUGGUUCUUGGGACGUUCCUUUGGGAAGGAGAUUGUGCAACAGUCACUCUUGCUAUCCCAGGUUCUGGCCAUGGCUUUUCUUCUUCGGGGGCAACGUUAGUUGA